AAUUACAAAGUCGACAAAAUGUCAGUUGUCUAAUAAACUACGUUGUCCGUCACCUUGACAGUUGACAAGUUGAGACAGGCCAUUUGAUUUGUCAUCAACUCUAUCCUAGGACGACAUUCUUCGAGUCUGGAUUCAUAAAAGACAACAAUAUAUUCCGGGAACAUUUUGCUGUGGACUCUGAUCUUCGUUAUCUCAGACCUGUGUUUUGUCCGAUUCGUUAUCGUCUUCCUUCAUAAACCACACGACCAUGAAACCACGUCCUUCAAACUCUCCCGCACCAGAACCCGCUAUCGCAAACAUGGAGAGACGAGGAAUCGCUGCAAUCGCAUCGCUGCUCAGCCUACUCUCCCUCUUCGCCGCCAUGUGCGACUCGAUCGAGUCGCCGCAAUAUACGAUCGUCCACGUGGAGUCAGACUUUGAGGUGAGGCUGUACGGGAAUUCCUCGUGGAUGUCCGCUCAGGCAAGCGACCUCUCCUUUGAGAUGGCCACUCUCAACGGCUACCAGAGGUUGUUUGAGUACACCCAAGGUGCCAAUUUGAAUUGCUCUAGGUUGGCAAUGACAUUACCUGUCUUGACGAGCAUCGUUCCGGGGGCAGGACCCCUCCACUCGUCAGCCUAUGUCGUACGUUUCUACUUGCCCACGAAAUUCCAAUCGACCCCACCAACCCCGCUUCCCGAGCUGAAGCUAGAACCAUAUGAUUGGAGCAGCCACUAUGUUGCCGUCAGGAAGUUCCCUGGAUUCGCACUGGACGACAUCGUUGUCAAAGAAGCAAGAAAACUCGCUCUCAGCGUAAGCAGAUCUACAUGGGCAAAUAUUACUUCCAAAAGCGACUAUGCAUACUCGAUUGCACAGUAUAGCACCCCGUUCCAGAUCAUCGGGCGAGUGAACGAAGUCUGGGUGGAUGUUGAAGUAGCUGGAGUGAAUGGACAUAAGUUAGGCGGUGUAGCUUCAUCCUGAACUUAUAUGCUUAUUUGAGUGGUAAAUGAAUCAUGUCUGUCAUUGCUGAUAAUGUUGCCUGAGGGUUAAGUAGAUAAAAGACAAGAAGUAUGCUCUUAUUAUAACAGUAAUUAUGGACAUAGUGUGCAAGUUGUCUCUAAAAAAAAGUACUUUACGUUUCAUGCUGCCUUGUGUCCGUGUAUAUUCACAGGUCAGCGGGGAUUGUAGUACUCUAUAUAGGUUCAUAUGAUGAGUAAAGUUCGGGUUGUUGUUUGUGCUC